GAUAUUUUAUUUUUAAGACAAACGUUAUUUCGUGUCAGAUAGAGAACUCUAAUUAUAUUCAUAACCACAGGUUUAACUGUAACACCACUUAUUUACAUGUACGCAAAGGGUGCCAUUAUUUCAGUUGUACAUCAGAAUCCAGGCAAUGCAAAUAGUAGAUGUGUCCUUCCAGUGGCAAAGAUGUUAUUGUUAUGUAGGCGUAGGACUUCUGACUAGGGCUCAGUACUGCAUUCCACUUACAACUGUCUAGCAUGAUGGACCGCUUCUUGUUAAUUCUCGCUUCAGUAAUGGCACUGAGUGGGAACUACGUCACGUCGCCGAACACCACGUCGACGAACACCACGUCGACGACCACCACGUUGAUGACCACCUCGUUGAUGACCACCACGUCGACGACCACCAUGUCGAUGACCACCACGUCGAUGACCACCACAUCGAUGACCACCACGUCGACGGACACCACACCGACGUUCCUGCAGUGUCAGAACGGUGGUCGUGAAACGAACGGGUUCUGCCUCUGCCCCAAUGAUUUCACUGGAAACUUCUGCCAGUUAUCCGGAUUUCCGAUGGCCACAGCUUUGUGUCUGAAUAACACUUACAGUUUUACUACACCUCAAGAGCUGGACUGUGAACAGACCCUUAAUACCAUCAAUAACGAUCUUUCAUAUGAUCAUCCUACAGCCAUGGAGGAGCUGGCCUCCAAGACCCAAAUCCUCACAUCCAAACCAGACAAGCUAACUGUACAAGACAUUAGCGCUGCUGCAAACAUAGUCAACAGACUGCUCUCAAAAAGUAACAGCGAGGAAAAUAAUCAGAAUGUCCCCGUUGCAGCGGUCACCACAGUCAGCCAGCUUCUUACUGCUAGCACGAAGCAGUUCGACCACAUCACUACUGAUUCCAUCACCAAUCUCACGAAAACGUUGCAGAAAUUUUCCCUGAAGUGGGAUAAAGGAUCACCGCUCGUACAGCCGAACAUCGCCAUACAGUCGAUCAAAGUGACCCAAACGCUCAACUCUCUAUUGGGUUACACAACAUGA